AUGAAACUCUAUAAUUACGAAAUAAACCCCUCAAUUUGGAGGAACCGAAACCCUACAUAUAAUUUCCGUAAUCCCUCAUAAUCCACCAUCUCCUUCCUGUUUUCUUCUCCCCCAACCGUCAAUCUUCAAACACAGUCAAAUCGGGACUCAUCUAGCUCUUUAUCUUCUCACCUUUCUUGUGCACAUAAAUUUUGCGGUGAACGGUUUUAGUUGCCUAGCAUGGCAGCUGAGAGUUCUUCAUCGGCGCCUAGAUCUGGUGCAUCGCCGGAUUCAUACGUCGGGAGCUUGAUUAGCUUGACAUCGAAGAGCGAAAUCAGAUAUGAAGGUAUUCUGUACAACAUCAACACCGAGGAGUCUAGUAUCGGUCUGCGCAACGUUCGAUCAUUUGGAACAGAAGGGAGGAAAAAAGACGGUCCUCAAGUUCUACCAAGUGACAAAGUCUAUGAAUAUAUAUUAUUUCGUGGAAGUGAUAUCAAGGAUUUACAGGUCAAGGCUUCUCCACCUGUUCAGAGUAUGCCCCAAAUAAACAACGACCCAGCUAUUAUCCAGUCUCAUUAUCCUCGUCCACCAACUACCUCCUCCAACUUGCCUCCUGCAGUUAGUACACCAUUGACGGAUCUUAAUUCUCAGCCAACACAAGCCCCAAAUGCUCCACCUUUGUAUCAGCCUGGAGGGAAUUUCAGCCCUUGGGCCUCUUCACAUCUAACGCAACAAACUGCAAGUGGCAGUGGACUUGGUAUGCCCAUGUAUUGGCCGGGGUUUUAUGGUACCCCUAAUGGGCUGCCCCAAUUGAACCAACAACCACUGCUUCGACCCCCACCUGGAUUGUCUAUUCCUCCUUCCAUGCCACAGAUGCAGUAUUCUGCUUUCAACUCAUCGAUUCCAUCUGGAGGUUUAGGCCUACCAAGUUCAAACUUACCUGAAUACCCCUCUCAGCUGAUCUCAAACACUGCUAGUUUAACCUCGUCAUCUUUACCUGCUUCAACCAUGACUCCAAAUGUGCUGCCCCUACAACUUAUACCUAACCUGUCCUCAUCCGUGCUUCCAUUUCAAAAUUUGGCUCCCAGUUCUGAACCAAUAUCCAGUACUUUGCCAAACAAGACUUCACUAACUGCUGUCCCGCCAACAACAUUUAAUUCAACUUUAACAGCAUCUGCGUCUUCUACGACAGGUCCUGGUGUGGCAGCGGCUUCGCCUCAUGUCAGUAAUUUGCCCACUCAUCCGUCAGCGACCGUGCAAUCUAAAAUUGCUGUUGGGGAGACACCAACACCUUCACUGUUAACUCCGGGACAUCUAUUGAAAUCGGUACCCAGUGCUCCCCCACCAACUCAAUCAGUACAGACUGUUCAAAAGGAUGUUGAAGUGAUUCAAGUGUCACCAUCAGAACCAUCAGCAACCGUUAAAUCUGAAGCUCAGCCGCCAAUCUUGCCAUUACCUCCACAAGCUUACAUACAGAAGCCGAAUGGAGCCGCACCUCAGCAUCAGAUCCGACAUGGUUACAGAGGUCGUGGAGGAAGAGGAACUGGGACCUCACGGCCAGUGACAACUUUUGCCGAGGAGUUUGAUUUUAUGGCCAUGAAUGAGAAAUUUAACAAAGAUGAAGUGUGGGGUCAUCUUGGCAAGAGUACUAAAUCCGAUCCAAGGGACAAAGAAGGGAAUGUGAAUGACAGUGAUGAGGAUAAUAAUUAUCAGAAACAAGAUGGCGCUGAUCAUCCUACGGCUGAGGUCAAGCCUAUCUAUAACAAGGAUGACUUUUUCGAUUCCUUGUCUUCUAAUGCUCUGGACAGAGAAUCCAAUCAAGCGAGGACUAGGUUCUCUGAGCAGCGGAAGAUUGAUGUCGAGACAUUUGGAGAUUUCUCAAGGUAUAGGGGUGGCCGUGGUGGCCGUGGCCCUUACCGUGGAGGGCGAUCUCGGGGAUAUUACAGUGGAGGGUACUCUGGAGGAGGAUACACUGGAGGAGGAUACAGCGGAGGAGGAUACAGCGGAGGAGGAUACAGUGGAAGAGGAUAUGGCGGCUAUGGUGGUAGAGGCCGUGGCCGAGCUUCCGAUUAGAGCAUAUAUUUACAGAGUUUUUACCUGUGCCAUGUGGCAAAAAGUUUGUCUAAAAACAAAAAGUUCUUUAAUUGAGGAUUGUCAUGUUUAGAGUGUGUUUCAUUGAUUUUGCAUUGUAGAUUGGUAUUCUUUUGAGGAAUAAAAACUAGGUUUGUAUGGAAGAUUGUUGAUCAGUGC